UACUGGCAGAAAGUUGUCAUUGCAGCCAGUCGUUUCUGUCUCCGGCAGACAUACUGCUUACAGGAGCAAAUUCUAUUGAGCUACAAAAGAGGACGGAAUUGCUCUUAAAUAUCACGAUUCGUAGCACUCAACCCACACGGGACACAAUGGAGCCGUCAGCAAGUCCAGCCAAAGAUAACUACAGGAUGAACCGGUACAAGAACAAAGCCCUGAACGCAGAGGAGAUGAGGCGCAGAAGAGAGGAGGAAGGCAUCCAACUCAGGAAACAGAAACGAGAGCAGCAGCUUUUCAAAAGGAGAAACGUGGACGUUCUCAAUGAAGAGGAGGCCAUGUUUGAGAAUCCUCUGGUAGACUCCUACCUCAGCUCUCCAGUAACUGAAGGAGUUAUAACCAGAGACAUGGUGGAGAUGCUUUUCUCAGAGGACCCUGAGCUUCAGCUCUCCACAACACAAAAAUUCAGAAAACUUCUCUCCAAAGAGCCCAACCCACCCAUUGAUGAAGUCAUAAACACGCCUGGAGUAGUGGAGCGGUUUGUGGAGUUUCUAAAGAAGUGUGUCAACUGCACACUACAGUUUGAAGCAGCAUGGGCAUUGACCAACAUAGCAUCAGGCACAUCCAUGCAAACAAAGACGGUGAUUGAAGCUGGAGCCGUGCCAAUCUUUAUAGAACUCCUUCAGUCGGACUUUGAGGACGUCCAAGAACAGGCUGUUUGGGCCCUAGGUAAUAUUGCAGGGGACAGUGCAGUUUGCAGGGACUAUGUGCUUAACUGCAACAUUCUUCCUCCACUGUUAACGCUUCUGACCAAAUCCACUAGACUGACCAUGACUAGAAAUGCUGUCUGGGCUCUGUCUAAUCUCUGCAGAGGAAAAAACCCUCCACCUUCUUUUGAAAAGGUGUCACCCUGUCUGCCAGUCUUGUCCAGGCUUUUAUUUAGCGCUGACCCAGACUUACUGGCAGAUGCCUGCUGGGCCCUGUCUUACCUCUCAGACGGCCCCAAUGAUAAGAUCCAAGCUGUCAUUGACUCUGGCGUCUGCAGGCGUCUGGUAGAACUACUCAUGCACCCUGACUACAGGGUGGCCUCCCCUGCCUUGAGAGCUGUAGGAAACAUUGUCACUGGGGAUGACAUUCAAACACAAGUGGUGUUGAACUGCUCAGCAUUGCCCUGCCUGCUGCACCUUCUUAGCAGUGCUAAAGAGUCCAUUCGCAAAGAGGCAUGUUGGACCAUCUCAAACAUUACAGCAGGAAACCGAGCACAAAUACAGACAGUAAUCGAUGCAAACAUCUUCCCAGUGCUCAUUGACAUUCUACAGAAAGCAGAGUUCAGGACAAGGAAAGAGGCAGCCUGGGCCAUCACUAAUGCCACCUCUGGAGGAACACCCGAACAAAUAAGAUAUCUGGUGAACCUGGGCUGCAUUAAGCCCCUGUGUGAUCUGCUGACGGUAAUGGACUCUAAGAUCGUCCUGGUGGCUUUAAACGGACUGGAGAACAUCCUGAGGCUGGGGGAGCAGGAGGCCAAGCAGGAGAACAACGGCAGUGGAGUUAACCCUUACUGCAGCCUGAUUGAAGAAGCAUACGGUCUUGAUAAGAUAGAGUUCCUCCAGAGUCAUGACAAUCAGGAGAUAUACCAGAAGGCCUUUGAUCUCAUUGAGCACUACUUCGGGGUUGAGGACGAGGACAGCAGUCUAGCGCCUCAGGUUGACCAAGCCAACCAGCAGUUUCUCUUCCCCCAGCAGGAGGCACCCAUGGAGGGUUUCCAGCUAUAAGUCAGCCCUGCACUUAAACACCGUCACCCCUUUUAUACUUCUCCAUCUCAUCUAGUACCCUUAGUCACACAUCCAUGCCCCCUUCCUUGAGCUGCCAAUACCCCAACCUCUCCCAUCACCACAAACUUAUCUUGACCCCUGAAGGCUCAAACUGUCUUCCUGCAAAAACAGUCCCUCCUCUCCCUAUUCUCCUCCUCCACCAGUGGACUGACUUCUCUCAAGGCAGACACCUAUGUUUUCUUGGCUUAGGGAAGAGUGCCACAUAAACGUCAUUAAAGAGGAAGUGCUCACCUCCCAGUCCACA